AUGCGGCCGGCGGGCGUCGCGGGCGUCUCUGGCAUGGGCGUGGGCCCUCGGCCGGCGGGCGUCUCUGGCGUGGGCGUGGGCCCUCGGCCGGCGGGCGUCUCUGGCGUGGGCGUGGGCCCUCGGCCGGCGGGCGUCUCUGGCGUGGGCGUGGGCCCUCGGCCGGCGGGCGUCUCUGGCGUGGGCGUGGCGCCCCGGCCGGCGGGCGUCUCUGGCGUGGGCGUGGCGCCCCGGCCGGCGGGCGUCUCUGGCGUGGGCGUGGCGCCCCGGCCGGCGGGCGUCUCGGGCGUGGGCGUGGCGCCCCGGCCGGCGGGCGUCUCGGGCGUGGGCGUGGCGCCCCGGCCGGCGGGCGUCUCGGGCGUGGGCGUGGCGCCCCGGCCGGCGGGCGUCUCGGGCGUCGGCGUGGCCCCUCGGCCGGCAGUUCCCACCCCAGCUGUUGCCUUGCCUGCCAAGGCUGAAGUGCAGGCCCCAUCGGCUUUGAGACAUGAUGUUGUAACCGUGUAUUGUGGUGAGAGCUCUGUCCAGGUGCGAGUGGCUAUGGACCUGUUUGGUAUUGGCCAGCUGAUCGACCCAGCUGACCUCACCCUGGGAGGCUGUGGUUCCACUGGCCUGGACAGCACUGCUUCAGUGGUGGUGUUUGAGACGGAGCUUCAGGGGUGUGGCAGCACACUGACGAUGACUGAGGACUCCCUCAUCUAUGGCUUUGACCUCAACUACCAACCCAAAGCAUUGGGUGAUACUCCCAUUGUAAGGACUAAUGAAGCUGUGGUUGGUAUCCAGUGCCAUUAUAUGAGGCUGCACAAUGUCAGCAGCAAUGCCCUGCAGCCAACCUGGAUCCCUUACCGCUCUACCAUGUCUGCUGAGGAUGUCCUGGUCUUCUCCCUGAGGCUCAUGACUGAUGACUGGCAAGCUGAGAGGACAUCCAACGUGUUCUUCCUGGGAGACACCAUGAACAUCGAAGCCUCUGUGGUCCAGGCCAACCACGUGCCCCUCCGUGUCUUUGCUGACAGCUGUGUUGCCACCCUAGUCCCUGAUCUGAAUGCAGUCCCCAGAUAUGCCUUCAUUGAGAACCAUGGGUGCCUGAUGGAUGCCAAGCUGACGGACUCCCGCUCCAAGUUCCUGCCCAGGGUCCAGGAUGACAAGCUGAAGAUUCAGCUAGAUGCCUUCAGGUUCUUCCAGGACAGCAGAAGUUCAGUAUACAUUAUUUGCCAUCUGAAAGCCACAGCAGCUUCUGCUACAACUGACUCGCAGUACAAGGCUUGCUCCUUUUCCACUGCAGCCAACAGGUGGAUGGCUGCAGGUGGGAAUGACCAGGUGUGUGGCUGCUGUGAUACAAGCUGUGGCUUCAGGAAGGGGAGGAGUGUGGAAGCUGGUGCAGCACUGCAGGGGGAAGGUGAUGCAACCCUUGGCCCCAUCAUUGUCCAGUCUGCCCAAGAAGCAGAGCCUGAAUUCCAGAUGUCACCACUGGAAGCCAAGGAUCAUAAAGCAGCAGCUGCUUCCCCAGAGGUUGUGGUCCUGGCUGCAGUGGUGGCUGUAGCUGGUCUGGUCUGUGUGACUGUGCUGCUGACUGUACUACUGAGGAAACAACACAAACCAUCUGUAUAA